AUGGCUUUUUGUCUGCUGGGAGGCAAAACUUUUGCUCUCUACAAGAGGCUGUUUGAACUCAUGAAAUCUGCAGCAUGGAGUCACAACUUCUUAUUAGCACCAACUUUUGCCAUGGUGGAUUUUGAGUUGGCCAGCAUCAAAGCUCUGAAGGAAGUCUUUCCAAGCAUUGAAGUGAAAGGGUGUUACUUUCACUUUGUUCAAAGUUUGGUGAAAAAGGCACGUAAGCUGGGUCUCUUACGUCUCAGCAAGAGGAACCCGUUAGUUAAGUUAUGGCUUAGAAGAGCAGCAGCUCUACCAUUGGUUCCUGAGGAAUCGCCAUAUAGAGAUAUGGCCAAUAUGCUCAUAGAACAAACGGUUCCUCAAUUUGCAGAAGCUCAUCGCUUCUUUAAGUAUUUUGAAGAAACUUGGAUGGGCCAACGUAUGACACCAAAGUAUCCAAU